AUGUCGGCUCAAGAAAACCAGGUAAAUUCUGCAGCAGCCGGGGGGGUGCAGGGGAACCAAGAGGAGUCCCAGCCCUUGUUAUACCAAGUAACCUGCAGGCUUUGGCACAGUUUUUCAAUGAUUUUCAGGAAUUUUAUAAGCAAAGGAGGUCCACGGGCCAAGUGGCACCCACGCCAGGGGCAGCAGCACCGACAACAGUCGCAACAGGGAUGUCAGCACCAACGGCGGUUGCACCAGCGGCAGCAGUGCCAGCGCCAUCGGCACCAAUGGUGUUCUCCCAGGAGUUUAUCCCGGACACUCAACUUAAUGAGGUGGUACUCCCAGGUACCUCCGCGUCCACUAUGGCAGUGCUGAGCGUAGCCAAAGAGGCAACAGCCCGGCAAAAGAAGAGCACCCGUGCUCAGUCGGCCACCUCAGGCAAGUCGAAAGGAGGCCAGAAGGGUGGCAGGAAGGGUAAGGCUAGUACUCUAGGUACCAAGGCUGCUAACCCACAAAAGGACCCAGGUGUCCCCAGUCUCUUUCAGAUCCCACCCCCGCAAGCGGCACCAGCCGAGGGCGCAUCAGAAUCCACUUCGGAUGAGGAAGUGCGGGGUCUGCAGGCGGUACAGGUGAACAGCGUACUGGAUCAAGCCGCGCCAGAGGUCCUCUCUGGGAAGAGGAAGGAGAAGAGAAAACACACCAAAGAAGAGUAA